AUGUCUGGACGCAAGAAAACACUCCUCAAAGUCAUCAUCCUCGGCGACCUGGGCGUGGGUAAGACCUCGCUCAUGCAGCAGUUUGUCAAUAACAAAUUCUCCCAGCAAUAUAAGGCCACCAUUGGCGCAGACUUCCUUACUAAGGAUUUGACCAUAAAUGGCAAGACGGUCUCGUUGCAGAUCUGGGAUACCGCUGGCCAAGAACGGUUCCAGAGUUUGGGUGUGGCUUUCUAUAGAGGCGCCGAUUGCUGUGUGCUUUGCUACGAUGUGACCAAUGAAAAGUCACUCAACAACUUGUCGCUGUGGAAGGACGAGUUCUUGGUUCAGCUGAACGUUCUGAACCCACAGGAUUUCCCAUUUAUUAUAAUAGGCAACAAGAUCGAUGUGGAUGAGAGUCGGAAGAUCCCGCUGUUGUCGAAGAAGUUGAUGAAUAUCACCAACAACCAGCUUGGCGGUAUGAACUACCCUGUUUUCGAGACAAGUGCUAAGGACUCCAUCAACGUGGAGCUGGCUUUUGAAGUUGUGGCCAAGAUGGCUUUACAGCAGGAGGAGUUGAACGAAGGCUCGAGAAACGACAUCAACGACGACUAUAACGAUGCUAUCAACAUUCAUCUGGAGAACGAGUCCAGUGGCUGUGCGUGCUGA